AUGCAGUACCUGGAGAAGUCCCCGGCCAUUUUCAGCGCGACUUUGGCCAUUGCAGACGCGCGCAAUGCUCAAAACGUGGUUUUGGUUUUAUCGCAGCUGCUGAAGUCCGUGUGUGGAGUAAAGUACACCUUCGACUUGACUCACAGUGCCGAGUGCGUGAUGGACUCGACGCACAAAACCAACGCAUCAGACACAGCGGAAGUCAAGGUCGCUUACUUGCAGCGAUGGCUUGCAUUGCUACUCGAUGACUUUGGGUUGAAUCCAGCCUUUGUCCACAUGGACAAGGGUAGCGCUCAAAUUGCAGCAGCAACGGUGGUUUGGACUGGCGUGAAAUUGUCCUUGUGCUUGUGGCACAUGGAUCGAGCAAUUCGAGCACGCUUCAUGCAAGGAAAGGUGCCGCCGCGUUACAAGGUGUGGCAGCUAACACCGCCAAUGUGGGUGUUUCAUACGACGAAGGACGAAAUGGUGCGGCAAGAGUGCACGAAAAUAUCCAGCGACAAAGAAGUAAACGCACUUAGUGCACGGGCCGAACAUAACCACGACACUGUCUCGAUCCUGGACGAAUCGCAGCUGUUGGCAUCCGCGCACGUUGCCCAAACAAUACAAGAACUGUCAUUGUGGCUCAUCCAGCAUGCAAGCGAUAUCCAGCACGCACCACGUCAACUGGCGAAAGUGCAGAAGUUGCUUCAUCCAAUCCAGGCGUACCGCAAAUCGAUCCUUGCAGUGAACAACAUGAGAAAACAGCAACGGACUAACCAAGCUUCGUCGCUAACAGUCAUGUAUGAACCACCUCAACAGUAG